UUCGCCACGUGUCAUCUCAGUGUCUUUCCACGUCAUCGUCAAGUUGCAGAGGGAAGAACUAAGAGUCCAUCUCCACCCACUCCAGCCUUUAGCCUUGAAUUAACCUUCCCCUGUUCUUCCGCUGUCCUCUCGAUUUCUGUAUCCCAAUCCGACAUGAGAAAAUACUCCUCUUUUUCACACAUUGACAGCACACCAUCCAUGGCCACGCUGCUGAGGAAGGUCUGGGAAUCGGUCUCCAAUCGUUCCUGUUCGACCUCUGACUCUGCCACCUAUCGGUCCUCUUUAACUUCUUCUUCUUCUUCAGCUAUUGCAACGGCGUCAUCGUAUUCGUCGCUGGGUCCGUUGUUCGAUGAGAUUCCGCUGGAUAUUCUGGUGCAGAUUGUCAGGUUGGUCGGGCCCAAGGACGCCGUCAAGCUGAGUUGCGUCAGCAGAGCCUGGAGAUUGUUGGUCUCCGAUAAUCGACUCUGGGUUUACUUUCUCCAGAAUCACCAACUCGAACCGUGGGACUCUGUUUUCUUCGCCGAGUUGAAUUUGAGAUCCGGUUAUCCUCUCCAAACAUUCCCAAGUCAGACAGGGGAGUUAUCUUUCAUGCGCAUUUAUGGUCAGCGUGCACAAGUCCCUGGUUCUGUUAUUAUUGAUGGUGGUUCUGGCUAUUGCAAGUUUGGCUGGAGCAAGUAUGCUUGUCCAUCUGGGCUGUCAGCAACAUUUCUGGAGUUUGGUAACAUCGAAUCUCCAAUGUAUUCUAGACUUCGAUAUUUUUUUGCAACUAUUUAUAGCAGGAUGCAGGUUAAACCAUCCACUCAGCCAAUUGUACUGUCCAUUCCAUUAUGCCAUUACGAUGAUACUGAAUCUGCCAAAGCAUCAAGAAGGCAACUUAAAGAUGCCAUCCACACAGUCUUGUUUGACAUGAAUGUUCCUGCUGUUUGUGCUGUCGAUCAGGCAACUUUAGCUCUCUAUGCAGCAAGGAGAACAUCUGGAAUUGUUGUUAACAUUGGUUUCCAAGUUACAUCUGUUGUUCCAAUUUUACAUGGUAAAGUUAUGCAUCACGUGGGGGUUGAAGUUGUUGGAAUGGGAGCAUUGAAACUAACAGGAUUCCUCAGGGAACUCAUGCAACAGAACAAUAUUAACUUUGAAUCAUUGUACACUGUGCGGACACUAAAAGAGAACCUAUGCUAUGUCGCUGCUGAUUAUAAAACAGAACUAUCAAAAGAUACGCAAGCAUCAUUGAAGGUUCCAACAGUGGGGUGGUUUACUCUAUCAAAGGAACGUUUUCAAACUGGAGAGAUCUUAUUCCAGCCACGCAUUGCAGGAGUGCGUGCCAUGGGUUUGCAUCAAGCAGUAGCACUUUGCAUGGACCAUUGCCAUGCUGCAGAUUUGACAGGUGAUGAUACUUGGUUCAAGACUGUAGUUUUAUCAGGGGGAACUGCAUGUUUACCAGGACUUGCAGAAAGGUUGGAGAAGGAACUACACGAGCUUCUUCACCCUUCCCAAGCGAAUGGAAUAAAAGUCAUUCCUCCCACUCAUGGUGCAAAUAGCGCAUGGUUUGGGGCAAAGUUUAUCAGCAAUUUAAGCACCUUCCCAGCAUCCUGGUGCAUAAAAAAGAAGCAGUUCCGAGGCAAGUCGAGAAUCAACCUCAUGUGGUGAAUAUUACUCUCUAAGGUCGAGCUUCUUCCUCAUGUUAUAGUCAAUUGAACCUUAGUUCUUUUUAGUUCUUUUCUCCAGGGAACUUUAUUUUUAAUACAAUUUAUUACAGAGUGAUUAUACUUAAACAAUGUUGUGUUGUGCAAUGAGAUGCUGCUUAUGUAAUUGACUACAUUAUUGUCAAUAUUAAUAAAAAUUGCUCGGCAUUUUCAUAAAAA